GAGUGACAUUUCAACAAACAAUAGAAAUUCAUGCAAUUUCAUUUACUUUGGCCUAAAAUUUUAGUUUAACGUUAUAAAUUCAUUAGGAAAAUAAGGAAAAUAACAAUGGAAGUGAUUUGUUACGUCUGCAAUGAGCAGACCGACGAAUGGCGUCGAAAUUUUACCAAACUCAAGUCACAACAUUCGAAUACGCCGAUCGUUGAUUUACUCAAGCGAUUUCUCGACGACUUUGAAUCACAGCGAAACAUUGAAAGCGAAUCGAAUUGCAUUUGUGCAAAGUGUUUGAAUCGCAUCGAUGACUACGAUUGGAUGUAUGUCACGUGCUCGGAGAGGGAAAAAUAGUUGAAGGAGCUUCUUUGGGCCACAGAAAAAUCGCACAUUUAUCAAGCAACUGUAUUGCUUCCAGAACCGGAAUAUGCAUUAAAUCCAGAUGUACUGCCAAAAGAAAUUAAAAUUGAACAGGAUUGUGAGGUUAAAGAAAACGAACCAAAUGAACUAUGGACAAUCAUUGCAGUAGUGCAAAUGCAACCGAGACAGUCUCCGUCAAGAGAAAAUGAAAUCAGUGAGCCACCGUCAAAGAAGCAAAGUAUUGAACCGAACUCAAAUGAGAGCAAAACUCCAGUCGAGUACAAAUAUACUGUACUUGAACGACGUUGUCAGCCAAAUCCAAAAUCAAAAAACCCAUUGAUACCCAGCUAUCAAAAAGAUCUUGAACGAACGACGACACAGAGAAGACACGAAGAAAUUUAAAUGUAGCAUUUGUCCUGCGGCUUUCGAAUCCAGACACGAUUUGAAUCUACACUUGCAACGGAAACACGAUGCUGAAAAACCACACGAUAGAAAUCGGCGAUAAAUUCAAACAUUGACUGAUGGUUUUAGGCAUAAGCCAGUGACAAAGCGAUAGCUAAUCAACACAAGUAAUUGUAAAAUAAGUACUUAAAAUUACUUUGAACACAAAAAGACAUUGUUCGUAUUAUUUAAUUGAAUAUUUUGACAAUUUGCAUUAUUGCCCAUCAGAAGUAGAUGAACAAAAAUGUGUUAUAUAGAAAAUACAUUAGAUUGAUUGAGGGCAGCUCAAAUAAAUUAUGGAUUAGACAUUAAUUCAUUUGGAUGGAUUCGAAAAGUUGAAUGAAAAUUUCAAGAAAAAGCUCUUACUCUUUAGAAUUUACUGAUUUAAAUUUUUUUUUUGUUCCUGUGAAUUUAUCAAUUUGAAUUGAAUUUGUCAUUCCCAUAUAAAUACUCUGUACUAGGAUUAUAAUUGAUGGUUCCAAAUAUCAAUAAAUUUCAACAAAUGACAACUCAAAACCGAAGUGUAUUUUGUAAACUGGUUGAGCUGCCGAAAUAUAUUUAAUUUUUUUUUUAAUUUCGUUCAUUUUAUGAAUUUCUAAAAUUAUUUUAAAGCUCAUUAUCAUCAUUUUUCAGAUCCAACUCAGAAAAUUGAAAAUAAAAACAAAGAGAACUAAUUUUAGUGCAAAAAGCAGACAAUUUGACAUUGAGCGCCUAAAGCGGAAAAAAUCAAAUGUCAAAUGUUUUGGCAAAUCAACUGUCACUUCAUUAAUAUCGCCGAGUAGAAAGUUAACAAAACCUUGUUCUAAAGCAAAACAUUCUUUUCUGUUGAAUAAGUUUGGGAAAUAAGUGAUAGAUUUUGAAAAAUCUCUUCUGAUCUCUUCAAAGUGUGUAAAUCUCCAAAGGUACAACCUUCUGAUUGGCUAAAAUUCGAUGCAAUGGAUGUGAUUUGUUAUGUUUGCAAUGAGGAAACGAGGGAUUGGCAUCGAAAUCUGGUUGAAACUAAAUCAAAGCACACUAAAACACCAAUUGUUACGUUCAUUGUUCAGUUUCUGGACGACUAUGUUUCACAGCGUAAUGUAAGAGACGAGUCAAACUGCAUUUGUUCAGAAUGUUUGCGUCGAAUUUACACGUACGAUUGGAUGUGUUUGAAGGUGAAAGAGCAGGAAAAGGAAUUACGGACAUUGAUUCUGAAGAGUGAAACAAGUUUUACGAGCAAUCAGAUCAAAAGUGAAUUCGAAUUUGUUAAUCCAACAGAAAUGGUACAAGUGGAUUACGAUCAAGAAGAUUAUGAUGAUAUUAAGACCGAGUCAAUGAAUGCAGAUGAUAGCCCUGAUGAUAUUGUGACAAUUGAAGAGAUAAAAAUUGAUCCGGAUACUGUUGGUGAAAGUAUACCAGAUGACGAUGACGACGAUUGUGAUGAUGAUGACGAUUUUAGCGAUGAUGAUGAUAAUGCUGUCGAUUCAGAUGAGGAAUUCGUUCCCAAAGUCAGCUCAAUGCAAAAGAAACAACCAAAAAAGGCACCGGUAUCAACAACUGCUUCGAAUAAUUGUUUGAAUUCGAAAAUUUGCGAAAUUUGCGGCGAAAAAUUGAAACACGAGACAACGAUUAGGUCCCAUAUAAAAAUUCACACAAAAUCCCCUGGAAUGUUUACGUGUCACGUCUGCCUGUAUGAAGUAAGUGAUAAGGAAAAGGAUAAAUUCAAGGAUCAUGUGAGAAAGCAUACAAAAAUCACAUCCAAACAGUGUGUCAUUUGCAAUGAAGGAGGAACGGAGAAUUUUGACUUGAAACAUCAUGUCCGGAGCCAGCACAACACUACCUUGUCUUGUGAUACGUGUGGUAAAUCAUUCGUGUACGCUUCGGUACUGCGGUUACAUUUGCGGUCACACAUUGAAAACCUACCAGAAAAGUGCGAGCAUUGCAAAAAAUCAUUCCCGGACAAAAUUACCUUGGAAGAGCAUAUGAAGACUCAUGUCCAAGCGGUGUGCACAUUUUGUGGUAAAAAAUUCACACGGAAACAAAAAUGUAAAAAACAUGAACUACGACACACAAAUGAGUCAAAAAAGUUCAAGUGUUCACUUUGUCCGGCUGCUCUCGAUACCGAACGCGGAUUGAAGUUGCAUUCACUUCGGAAGCAUAAUGGAGAUAAGGACUUAAAUCAUAAGGAGUGAUAGGAAAGGUGCUUCCAUCACUAUGACGAAGCUCGUAUAACAAGAAAAUUGGCAUGUGCCAUAGUCUACUGACCAUUGAAUAAAUAAAAUAAAUAUAAAAUGUGGAAUUGAACGAAAUAUCAUAUCGAUUGAAACGAAAAAUCGAAGAAAAAAAAAAACAAAAGAGAAAAUACAUAGUCAAAAAUAAAUGUCCACAUUUAGGCGAAAUUUCAACUGGUAGAGGUGCCCAGUCCUAUAUUUUGCCUAGAAAACGGAGUUUCAGACGAAAUACCGAUUAGAUUAUAAGCAGAAUUUCGCCUGCAGCUCAAAUUACUAGCAGAAAUAUCGGCUGAAUGCGUCUUCAGCUGGAAAAACGCUCAGGUUUAGACUUUUAUUUUUUGCUGUGUAGAGUCGAUUGAAAAUAAUAACGAAAAGCUGUCAAAAAAUCUUUAUAAGUGUGAAAAAUGUCUAAAAGAGUAAUUAACUAAUAGAGACCAAUUCUAUUAGUAGAUGUAAAAGAACGCAAGUUUGUCCAACUUCGUAGCAAUAAAGAGAAGUAUGUAUCAUUGCAACUAAUAAUGGUUAAAA